AUGGUGAUGGCUAGGGGUGUUUGUUUGGGAUUAUAAUCUACCCAGAUUAUGUAAUCCUUAUUUUGGACAGCUUAUAAUCCUAAACAAAGAAAGUCAAACAUGUGAAUCCGGUGAACUGGUAGCAAACUGUAAACAAAGAAAGCCAACUGGUUCAACGGUCAAGGGCUGGUAAGCCAACUGGUAGCAAACUGUAAACAAAGAAAGCAAAAGGUAAAACCAGAACAAUCCGGUGAAGCCAAAAACCACUACAAAAAGUCAAACAUGUGAAUGGACUAUUGACUAUAUGUCAGUUUAGUUAUUCUUAGAAAUCUUACCUAUCUGGCCCGUUUUUUUUUAAAAAAAAUCCCUUUUUCCUCUCCAUGGAGUUUCCCAUCACAAGCAUAGAUUACGCAGUUUCAGCAACGUCAAAGCACACAGAGUUUCCUGCUGAGGAGAGCGAGAUAGAGCUCCCAAAUGGAAGCUUUCCUUUCCGCUGUCCUGGGUGAGCUGACGAGUCGAUCCAUAAAUUUCAUCAUCAACAAGUGCUCGAAGCCACCUGCAAUGGCUGUGGAGGAAAGCCUGCAAAGGGCUCUUCUUCAGGCACGGGCCAUCAUCGAGGAGGCAGUGGGACGUCGCAUCACAAACCAAGCCAUGAUCCAGCAGCUGGGCAUGCUGAGGGACACCAUGCACCGAGGCUAUUACGCACUUGAUGCGUUCAGGUACCAGCCUCGCUAUGGAGAGGACGGAAACGUUCCAGCUGUUAGGCGCUUUAUUUCCCUAUCAAAGGUACACUCUGUGAAGGAUCCCUAUUUCUCCUGCCGAACUGCACAGUUCCGUGAACAACUACAGGAUGCGCUAGACAGGCUGAGCUCCAUGAUUGUUGAUCUGAAUGAGUUGGUGGUGUUCUUGGCGAGCUACCCUCGUCUGUAUCGCCAGCCUUACAACAUGCAUAUCCUACUCGGUAACUGCAUGUUUGGUCGCCAAGUGGAAGCAGAACUUGUCACUGAGUUCCUGUUGCACACGCAGCCUCAUAGUCUCCAAGAAUUGGAGGUCCUGCCGAUUGUCGGUCCACUCAGAGUUGGCAAGAGUACCCUCGUCGCUCAUGUUUGCAAGGAUGAAAGGGUCCGCGAGUAUUUCUCAGAAAUUUUGUGGCUGUACGACCAUGAUUUUACAGAUGACGAGCUAGCUUUCAAACAAGGAUGUGCAAUGGAAAAUCAAAUUUCGAACCUGAACAAAGACAAGAGAGUGCUAGUUGUUGUAGAACUAUCUGGAGAUCUCUAUGAAGAUGCUUGGAAUAGGUUGUAUCUUGCUUCCAAACAGAGCAUCUGUAGCGGGAGUAAAAUCAUAGUCACAAGCCGUUCAGACAAGAUUGUAAGGUUUGGGACAACACGGGCUCUAACUCUUAAGCUUUUGUCCCAUGAGGCAUACUGGUAUUUCUUCAAGGUACUUACGUUUGGAAGCAAUGAUCCCAACACGCACCCAAGGCUUGCCCAACUGGCCAUGGAGAUAGCCAGAAAGCUAAAUUGUUCAAUUAAUGGUGCAUAUGUCACCUCUUAUUUGUUGAGGGACAAUUUUAACGUACACUUUUGGUGUAAGGUUCUGAGCUUUUUGAGCUGGUGCAUCCAGAAGCAUAUCUCCAAAUUUGGGGUGCAUCCUUCUGUUCUUUUUAGUCAAAAUGUACCUGUAGAGCUUGGUAGAAUGGCUGCGCCUUCUGAAGAUUUCAUGCUUUGUGAUCAGUAUCACCGGUCUUCCCAAGAAGAGGUUCCAGAGAUAAGAAUCCAAGAUGUGAUGUAUGGAAGCAUCAAGAGACAUGGAAAAUUUGAUGUAUUAGUAUGGAGAUCUCAGAUACCCCCCUACUACAGCUAUGUCAAUGCUUGUGUGAUUCAAGAGCGAAAAAAUACAGGUGGAAAGAGGAAGCGUUGCAUCAACGAUGGAGCCACAGUCUCUUAAUUUUGUCAUUUCCUGGUUUAUGCUAGAACAUAUAUAUUUUGAUUCACUUUUGGGGGUAGGAUGUCAUAAGUUACGGGCCUACAUUUUAUUAUCAUAAAUGAAGUGCUUAUUUACAUAAUAA